AUGCCUAAGGCCGCAACCAAGCGAGGUGCCGCUAAGGACACCAAGAAGCGCGCGAAGAAGGACCCCAACGCCCCCAAGCGUGGCCUUUCCGCCUACAUGUUCUUCGCCAACGAGCAGCGCGAGAACGUCCGUGAGGAGAACCCUGGUAUCUCCUUCGGACAGGUCGGCAAGAUCCUCGGUGAGCGCUGGAAGGCCCUCAACGAGAAGCAGCGCGGUCCCUACGAGGCUAAGGCUGCCACCGACAAGAAGCGCUACGAGGAUGAGAAGCAGGCAUACAACGCCGAACAAGAGGAGGAUGAGUCCUCUUGA